AUGGGAUCGUGCGUCGUCGAUAAGCCAAAAAAGCAGAGAAAUAAAAACAAAAACUCAACCGCGGGGUUAUGCGUCUCUGAGGACACCGCGGCAACAAAGAUUCAAGCCGCAUUCCGCGGCAGCCAGUCUCGCAAAAGGCUAAAGGCAGUGCGCAAAAAAGCUAUCUUUCGAAAUUUUGAGGAGCUCAUUGCCGCAUCAAAGGCCUGGCAGAUAAAUUGCAGCCUACCCGAGAAGGCGAGCUACCCAGUCCGCCCAGAUGGUUCCGCUUUUGUCACGUCGUGUCAUCGCUUCGUCAGGUCACACGCGACCGCAGUGCACCUUCCAGCGUUCGUUCGCGGAUUCAGGGCACUACUUGAGGCACAGGUUGGGCAGCCACAAGUGAUGGCAUGGCGUGUCCGCCCAACUAUAUUGACUCGUUCCGUCAAAGGUGAAGGGGCACUUCACCGAUGGGCAACUGACGCUGUCGAUCUGAUGGCGAUGUGCUCUCUAUGGCGCAAAGCUUCCUUCGCCCCGAGCAAAACAAUUGACAAGGAAAAAGUCUGUGAUUCAACAGAGGUUGCACGCAAACUUGGAGCCACGGUCUCGUCUCCCAUUCGGUUUCGUUGGAGUUCUACUGGUGAGAAGACUGCACUUGGCCAUGCUGGAUGGGUCGAGACAGUAAUGCGUCCUGUGCCUACAUUUUCGGACCUUGGCGCCGAAAUUCCUUCAUCAAAUGACUGCAUGCUUGACAAUUGGCUUGUAUGGUCAAUGGACCCGCGCGUCAACGACAACGAUAUCUCGGCUGCGUUGAUCGAAUUGGAAGGUAUUUCUUCGUUUUCUUCUGAAGGGAGGGAUCCUCUCAAAGAACUGUCGGGUGAGACGUUUGCAGCUCACUACCCGGGACAACCUUUUAGGGAAGUGAGUUCGGGGACUGCACCUGAAUUUAAUUCCAGGGUUCUGGGUGAAGACUGUGACUGGACUCACGCCAAAGUGCGAAACUGCUGUGCAGAUUUAUUUUAGUCCGCCCUUGUUCCGAUAUCACCUGAAGUACGUUGCUGGCACCUU